AUGCCAGCAGCGGCACAGUCUCGGUCUCAUGCAGCUAUACGGAUUAUCGAGGGCGAAUCCCUUGGAUAUCCGCACACACGGGGUCGUCGAUUUCGCACAUCUGUACCACGCGAGUCCUAUUCCAUGGGUCUAGCAACUUCCUUUCGAUCUCGUCAUAUCCGGAACACCGGUUUAAUCGUGCUGUCCUGCGUUUUGGCCCUUCUGAUAAUCUCACAAGGCCCCAAUUCAGUGUCACGGCCGCGAUGGCUUCAGGGGUCGUUGGCUUCGUUGCCUUUAUCCUCAUCGCCGACCCACGAGGAAGAUGAAUACUGCCAAAGGUUUCCUGACCCUGGGAACAUCGCGAUAGCAGUAAAGACAGGCGCCACAGAGGCGGCAGAGAAGAUACCCAUGCUGAUGCGCACGCCGCUACGCUGCGCCCACAACGUCGUCAUUUAUUCCGACCUUGAGCAAGAGAUUGCCGGGUAUAAACUCCACGACUCGCUGGCGGAUAUACCAGAGUCAGCCAUGGAGGGAAACUCGGACUUUGAUUUUUACAAGAAGCUGAAAGAGGUGCAGAAGUACGGACAGAUUGAGAGCAUGUUGAAACAAAUGAAAAAUCCACGCUCAUCCAAGGAGUUGGCAGCCUGGACGCUGGAUAAAUACAAACAACUACAUAUCCUCGAGAAGUUGUACGCUGCCCAUCCACACAAGGACUGGUAUCUCAUGGUGGACGCAGACACCUACCUCGUCUGGCCCAACCUACUCACUUGGCUCGCCCAACUCGCCCCUGCUUCCUCCACGAAACUCUACUUCGGAUCGCCCGCCUAUGUAGGCGACAUUCCGUUUGCCCACGGCGGCAGUGGAAUCCUCAUAUCGCACGCAACCAUGUACGACUUCGCCGUUACCCACAAGGGCCUCGCUGGCCGCUGGGACAGGGCCAUGCAAGAACAUUGCUGCGGUGACUUCGUUAUCGGUGCCGUACUCAGGUCAAACGGUAUCCCCUUGACACCCGCAUGGCCCACGAUCAACGGGGAGAAGCCCUCGACGCUGCCCUUUGGCCCAACGCACUGGUGUCAACCUGUAGUCACCAUGCACCACGUGCAGCCCAACGAGUUGAACCAGCUAGCCAACUUUGAGCAAGCGAGGAAUAACACUCGUACGCCAUUGACGUUUGCCGAACUGUACGACAAUUUCGUCAAGGACAUUCUCCCAGACACGCUUGCAGACUGGUAUAGCCAGAGCCGCGACGCCAGAUUUGCACCAGUUGACACAUACGAAGAAUGCAGAAAACUGUGCGAGGGGAAUGAGGAGUGCUUCCAGUUUAUGCAUCACGGGAACGAGUGUGAUCUAGGCUAUAGUAUACAUCUCGGUAUGUACAAGGAGGCGGAGAAUGGGGUGGCGUUUCGCAGUGGGUGGUUGACGGAUAGGAUUAGGAGGUGGGUGGAAGAACAGAGUCCGUGUGAGCCGGUGUUUCCUUCAGCCAGUGACGAGCCCUUGCCGUUGUAA